AUGUCCGAGAUUGAUAACCUAGUUCAACAGUGGUUGGCCAUCGAUGUGAACCCCGUCACCCGCCAGCAGAUCAUCAACUUGCACCAACAAAACGACACCGCCCAAUUGCGCGCUCUUCUUGCCACACGGAUUUCCUUCGGAACCGCCGGUUUGAGAGCCCGUAUGGAAGCCGGAUUUAGUCGCAUGAACGAUGUGACCGUCUUGCAGGCGUCGCAGGGGCUCGCGGUGUACGUGCAAGCGCGGACGCCAACCGGGAGCAUCGUUGUGGGGCACGACCACAGGCACAACUCCAGGCGCUUUGCUGAGUUGACCGCGGGUGCCUUUCUUCUGCGAGGAAUGAAGGUGUACUACUUGGGAAACACCGACACCACGAGUGACCUAGCCUCCAUUGUCGCUACACCACUCGUGCCAUUUGCUGUGGAUCACCAUGACGCUUCGUGCGGUGUAAUGGUUACCGCAAGUCACAAUCCUGCGGCUGACAACGGCUACAAGGUGUACUGGGGCAACGGGUGCCAAAUUAUCCCUCCGCAUGACCACGGCAUUUCUGAGUCCAUCUUAGACAGCUUACCUGUGGAAGCGGGGUCCUGGGACACCACGGCGUUGUUUGCACGCGGAAAGCAGGACGGCUUGUUGGUUGACUGCCGCGAGGAGAUGAUUUCCGGCUACAUCGCUGCCAUCGGUAAAAAGUUGGUGUGCCCUAGCAGCACCGUCACGGACGUCAGGUUCGUGUACACUCCGAUGCACGGGGUUGGCUUGCCAUUUGUCACCAAGGCUUUCGAGCAGCUUGGCUUCGCCAGCUUUGUUACUGUCAAGGAGCAGGCCCUUCCAAACCCAGAAUUCCCCACGGUUGAGUUUCCAAACCCGGAAGAGAAGGGCGCGUUGGCGUUGGCGAUGCGUGAGGCUGAUUCUCAGAAUAUCGACUUGGUGAUUGCUAACGACCCCGACGCUGACAGAUUUUCCGUUGCCGUCAAAAACAACGGUGCGUGGAGACAGCUCACGGGUAACGAGAUCGGGUUCCUCUUUGCCGACUACACUAUCGAAAUCAUGAAGGCUCGUGGGACGGACUUGAGCCAGGUCUUCUUACUCAAUUCAACUGUUUCGUCUCAGAUGAUUGGUUCGUUAGCUACGGUUGAGAAGUGUCACUAUCAGGACACAUUGACCGGGUUUAAGUGGAUCGGAAACAAGGCGCUUGACCUUGAAGCUCAGGGGUUUAAGGUGCCGUUCGCCUACGAGGAGGCUAUCGGUUUCAUGUUCUCGGUCGUGCAUGACAAAGAUGGAAUUUCUGCUGCUGUGGUGUGGUUACAAAUGGUGGACGCCUGGAACCAGCAAGGUACGAAUGCUGUCGAAAGGUUGGAGCGGGGGUUCGGUAAGUACGGCUUCUUCAAGGAGCACAAUGGCUACUAUGUAGUACCGGAUCUUUCAUUGACCAAGACGAUCUUUGACUCCGAGAUUCGCACUGAGAGUCACCCUAGCCAUAUUGGCGAGUUCUCGGUGGUAUCCUGGCGUGACUUGACAGUGGGCUACGACUCCACAACGGCCGAUAACGUGCCCGUGUUGCCCUCCGACCCGUCCUCCCAGAUGAUCACUGCCACGUUAACCACAAAAAAACAGGACUGCCUAAUCAGGCUCACCGCCAGAGGCUCCGGGACCGAGCCAAAGUUGAAGGUUUACAUCGAGGGCAAGGCCGAUACUGAAGAGAAAGCCGCUCAGUGCUCACGUAAGGUCUGGGAGACGUUAAGAGAGGUGUGGUUCAAGCCGAAAAAGUAUGGGCUCAAGGAAGUCGCAUAA